AUGGGAAUCUUUGGACGACGAAAGACGCUUCUUGGAGUGCUGUCUCUAGUGGAGACUUCUUCCAGCUUUUCAACGGCUUCGGUUGGUAUCCAACGUCAUCAUGCUCUUAAGGCUAACAAAGGAACUUUUCCUGUGACGACACUUCCAAGAGGAGGAUCGUCUGCCGUGUACUCUAGCACAGCAUCUGUGGAAGCCAAAGCUGAUACUGUGGAAGAAGCUUCCUCUCCCCCCUACGAGAAACUCGUUGCCAAGUUGGAGACCAUCACACAACUUUCGCGUGCUUCAGCUGUCUUGGGUUACGAUCAGUUGGUCUUUAUGCCCUCCAACGCGGCACCCCAACGUGGCGCCCAGAUGGCGGCCUUGGCUGGAGUUGUUCACGAGAAAAGCACCGAUCCUGAAAUUCUAAAGCUUAUUGAUGAAGCUCAAAAGGAGCUGAACGCUGGCGGGUCAAGUGACAAGCAAAAGGAUGCCCUUCGUCUAUUGGAAAUUGAACGCAAGGCCUUCUUGGAAAACGAGCGGGUCCCAGCUGAAUUGGCAGCCAAAUCUGCCUCACUAUCUGCAUCCGCCUAUCAAGACUGGGUGGAAGCGAAGGAAGCCAAAGACUACUCGAAGUUCGCGCCAACAUUGAAGGACUGCUUUGAAACUUCCAUGGCCAUUGCCAAAGCCAAGAAGGGCGGUGACGAUGAUGACGGAUUGUACGACCAAAUGCUGGAUCAGUUCGAGACUGGAAUGUCACAAGAUCGAAUCAAUGAAAUAUUUGAAAAAGUCCAAUCCGCGCUUGUCCCUCUGAUUGCCAAGGUUAUGGAUUCCAAAACCAAGCCAUCCACGGACCCUUUGAACGGGACCUUUGACAUUGACCAACAAAAGAAGAUCUGUCAGACACUCGUCGAAGCCAUUGGCUUUGAUUCUUCGAAUGGUAGAAUUGAUGUCUCAGUGCAUCCAUUUACUUCGUCCAUGGGCUCUGCUGAUGUUCGCAUUACCUCAAGAUUCCGUGAGGAUGAAUGGUACCAAGGAUUAGCUGGAAGCAUUCAUGAGGGCGGCCAUGCCAUUUACGAGCAAAACUUGAACCCUUCGGCUCUCACUCUUGAUUCUUCCUUCACCAUGGGAACUCACGAAUCUCAGUCACUCUUUUGGGAACGUCACAUUGGUCUGAGCAAGCCCUUUUGGAGAUUUGCCACUCCCAUCCUAAAGGAGAACUUUGAAAACUACAAUUAUUCGGCAGAAGAAAUUUACAAAGCCGUCAAUGCCGUUUCCCAAUCCUUCAUUCGUGUGGAAGCUGAUGAAUUGGCCUACCCUCUUCAUGUCAUUUUGCGAUACAAUAUUGAAAAGGAUGUAAUCUCCGGAAAGCUUGCCGUAGAAGACAUUUCCACACGAUGGAACGAGGACAUGAAGAGCCUGCUAAACUUGGAGGUCCUAUCUGAUGACAAGGGUUGUCUGCAAGAUGUUCAUUGGUCGGCUGGUGCUUUUGGAUACUUCCCUACAUACCUGUUGGGAUCCAUGACGGCAGCUCAAUUGUAUCACUACUGUGCAAAAGACAUCCCUAACAUUGAGAGUAAGGUCGAGUCCGGUGAAUUCACAGAGAUCAAGGAAUGGCUAACCAACAAGAUUCACCGUCACGGACGAAGAUACGAAUCUCUUGAUGCCCUUCUCAAGGAUCAAAUCGGGGAAGAAUUGAAUCCAGACUACUUCAUCGAAUACCUCACUACAAAGUACUCUGAACUGUACAAUCUAUAG